AGACCGUACUGGACAUUCCCUUUUCCAAUUUCCUUCCCUUUUUCCCCCUUAAAAAAAAUAAAAAUAAAAUAAAAUACUAGUAGUAGUUAAAAUUCUUUUCUUUAUUGAUCAGUAUAAUUUCCAGAAUUUGAGAUAAAGCUGGAUUUUGGUUUCGCCGGGAGCACGAAACGCAAAAAAUGGAGAAGAAGCUAUCAUCAGUGGCGAAGACCCUAACAUCAUCUCCCAUUCAGCAGCUAUCCUUCCUGGCUGAACGGUGCAGCAAUGCCAUCAAUCUCGCCGAAGGCUUCCCGGACUUCCCUGCUCCUUCCCACGUUAAAAACGCCGCCGUUUCCGCCAUACAUUCCGACUUCAACCAGUACAGGCAUGUUCAGGGACUCUGCGACUGUGUUGCUACUCAAAUGAGAGAAGCUCAAGGCCUCGAAUUUGAUCCUUCCACGGAUAUUGCUAUAUGUUGUGGUCAGACGGAGGCUUUUGCAGCCUCAAUCUUCGCUAUAAUUGAUCAGGGUGAUGAAGUUAUACUGUUUGAUCCUUCGUUUGAGACAUACGAAACGUGUAUUAGAUUGGCUGGAGGAGUCCCUGUUUAUGUUUCCCUCGAUCCUCCUCACUGGAAGCUUGAUGCUGACAAACUCAACAAGGCAUUUACUGGCAGGACAAAAGCACUAGUGCUUAACAGCCCUCACAAUCCAACAGGGAAAGUUUUUAGCAAGAAUGAGCUUGAGAUAAUCGCAGGAGCUUGCACAACCUGGGAUAUUCUAGCCGUGACAGAUGAAGUUUAUGAGCAUGUGACUUUUGAGAAGGAAAAACACAUAUCACUUGCCUCAAUCCCAGGCAUGCAAAAGCGGACUAUUAUCACGUCAUCCUUGUCAAAAACUUUUAGCGUAACAGGCUGGAGAAUUGGAUGGGCAAUAGCCUCGGCAGGCAUUGCAUCAGCAAUCCGGAACAUCCAUGUAAAAAUUACAGAUUCUGCUCCUGCGCCUUUCCAGGAAGCAGCCUUGACUGCUUUGAGAAGUCCUCCUGAAUUCUUCAAAACAUUGAGAAAGGUUAGCUACUUGUCCAAGCCAGCUCACUUCUCCAUAUGUCCUGAAUAUAUACAUUGUUAAUCGGUUUAUUUUCUUUCUACUUUGGUCAGGAUUAUGAAUCAAAAAGAGACUUUGUUGUCGAGUUGCUAGCCAAGGUUGGCUUCCCCGUGCAUUUCAAACCAAUGGGUUCUUUUUUCGUGUUUGCAGAACUCCCCAGUAGCUGCACUUUAACUGAUGUUGGUACCUUUUGCCUUCUAGUUGCAUCAUAUUUUGAUUUUGAAGACAAUUUUUUAUCUAUCCAGUCUAUAAUAUUGAAAUAGGGCAGUAGUAACACAACCAUUAUAUCCCAAUUUUGCAUUAGAAAAAGUUACAAAGGGGAGAGCCCUACUUAAUACUUCCUGAGAAUCUACAUAUUGCGAUUGGCAAUGCAACGUGACCCGUUUAAUUCUCAGCAACUCAACUCAUCUUGCUGGAGUAGUACAAGGAUACUUAUACUAAGCAAAGUUGAUGCACAUGUUUGUUUUGGAUUUUGUAUGCCUAGAAACUCUCUCUGUUUACUUGCUUUCAACUUGCUACUAGGGCAGAUACUAUAUAACACUUCUCACGUUCAAAUGUUAUCAGGUUGAACUUGUCGAGGAAAUGAUAAGAAAAGCAGGAGUGGUAGCUGUACCUGGAUGUGGAUUUUUCCAUGGAAGUUCCUUAUCAUCGUCUGAACUUUGCUACAGAAAUCGAUACAUCCGGUUUGCAUUCUGCAAGAGUGAGGACACAUUGCGCGUUGCAGCGGAAAGGAUUUCUGGGCUCGUUGACGAAGAUGGCAAAUUGAAGCUUUUUUAGUUUUCAUUCACCAAAUUGUUAAUGAAUCCGGGUCAUUCUUGUUUAUUUACGGAUAGCCAAUUUUCCCGCAAAGCCUCUGUAGGAUCAAAAUUAGUGGGGCGACGGUGUAACACACAUGAUUCUGCUAUUAGAUAUAUUGAGGCUCCGACGCUAAUAAAACAUGUUAUUAGGGUACAUCUCCUGUCACUCAAACAGUCAAUGCACAAAACAAAAGUUUAGUGCGAUCCCAUGC